CACGCACUUUACCAGUCACAAGGAGCCAUCGUUAAUGAGUGCUCUGGUAGGAAGCAUAAUUUAUAGAGAAGCUAGCAAGUUCUGAGGAAGAGGGAAAUUAACACGGACAGCAAACCACUAUCUUUGAGCAGCUUGUCCUUUAAGCAUGUCGAGAUCCAGUCCUUUUAGUUUCACUUCAGUGAUCUCCAAAACGGGAACCUGGAGUUUGCCACUAUUCCAGUUGGUGCUCUCGGACCCACCAUGUGAAGAAAAUGAAAUGUACAUAAACUAUAAAAAUCAAUACCCAAAUGAUUGGUAUAUCUGGUUCUUGCUCCUAAUUUUCCUGGUGGCUCUGCUAUGCGGAGCAGUGCUCUUCUGCCUUCCCUGCUGGCUGAGGAGAUGCGGGAUGGGCUCCUCAAGACGCACCGUGGCUGUUUUUGCUGUCGGGGACUUGGACCCUGUUUAUGAGCUGGGUCCUUCAGCCCUGACAGCAGCAAGCAGGUCCCCUGUCUUCCUGGGAAGACCUGGAGGGACGGAAGCAGCUGUGAAUCCAGCUGUUGGAAUUCACCUUCCAACUCAAAACCCUGAACUGUAUCAUGUUUCAGGUUUCAACACUUCAGGAGCACCUCCUCCAUAUGAAGAAAUUCUGAAAUCAAGCCAACUUUAGCUAUGGAUCAUCAAUUGAAAAGAUUAGGAAUAUUUUUAAGACCAAAACAUCAAAAUUAGGGACAAUUUUUCUCAUUUAGUGGGAAUUCCCAGAGAUCAAUUAAUAUAGCCUUGGAAAGGACAAGUAGACAAAACAAUGAAUGCAGAGGGAAAAUUUUGGUCAGGAUCAUAUUUUAGUAGUAUAUUAGUGGACUCAAUGGAUAACUGCUGUUACAUUUUUUUGCUAUACAUCUAAGUUAAUGUUCCUCCAUUAAUACUCAUAGACAGUAAUUGAUAGGCAGUGAUCUCAAUUAAGUUUAGGAUUCCACUCUAGUACACAUCACAGCUUUCUCUGCCUGAAUAUUUCUGUUUUAAUCUGAUCUCUCUCCUAGUAUGGAGCCAAUAAAAAUUGUCAUAAUUUAACAAUGACUCAAGCAGAUAUUCAGACACAUCCAGAGCCAGAAUCAGGGAAAAACAAAAAGUUGGAAUAAAUCCUCAAAAAAAACGGUUAAGCGAAUAAUACAAAUGAUUAAUAUUGAGUUUUAAAAUGGGUGUUAUUCAUAUUGACAAUCUAGGCAGAGGGAAGAAUGUGUGAAGGAAGGUGGCUGAAAAUAAUGAGAAAGCUAAAUCCUAACCUCCAAUGGUGGGAAGUCAAUGAAUAAUAUCUAAAAUUAAAACAAAAGUCAAGAAAUAAUGAAAA